GAUAGCUGAAGAGUCUGUGGGCAAAGGAUAACGUUCUGGUUUCCCAUCACGAACAAUUACAAACUGAGGGAGUUCUUCGUAAAUUGAUACGACAAACUUGUUUAUAUCACUUGGAUGUAACUCCGCUUGCCAUAGCGGUCCUUGAAAGCGUAUGCUAUAAACGAUUGUAGCAUCUUUUAGAUCCCAAAGUAUGCAUUUCCAAUCCCUUGACGCUGUAAGCAAGUAACGUCCACAAGAAGACCAGCGUACAGAUUGAAUUGCCCGGGUAUGUCCCUUUAAUUUGCGUAUGACUGAAAGUGUUACCAAGUUCCAUACAAAAACAGUUCCAUUCACUAAGCCGGCAGCUAGCGCGCUUCCUUUCUCAUUAAAACGAAUACUUGUGGCAUGCCCCUUUUUUAAAACGUUUCCCAACGACUCCGGGUAGUCUGAAAUGGAAAAAGGAUCAAUAAGUCCCAAAUUCAUAUCAAAAAAUUAUCACAGACUUUGAACUGUAUAAUCAUACAAUUUUUUGUGAGUAUUAAACUCUUAAAAAAAUAGUACUAACAAAAAGAAACGUAUUAAAGAGUUUAAAAUGUUAAGGAAUAGCAGUUAACAGAGACGAAGGUAUUUUACAUUGACAACAGGUCCGAAGAAAAUUGCUAAACUGGGUAAGACUGUGAGAGAAAAAUAAAGUUCAUCAUCCUACAGUAUUAGGUUGUACUUCGUCAUGUCCUCCAAAUGUUAAAAAUGGUUUUUACAGUUCUUUGAUAGCAGUGUUUACUGUUUUUUUAGAAGUCUGUAUUCAACUGUAAUUAAGACAGAAUAAAGACAGAUGAGAAGGAAUAAAAAAACUUAAAUGAAAAAUUAACAACGAAGACCUACAGUAUUACUCUGUAAGACGAAGAAUCAUUUAACGAAUAAAUCAUGUGCAUCUGAAACGAAAGAACAAUUAACAGAAAUAAGCGAGCGCCACACAAUAACUGUAGUUGUAUGAUCUUAAACGACUUAUGAUGUUACUCGAGCUAUUUGAUCCUAACUGCUCUUAUUAUCGUUUCAUUGAACUACUAAUUAUCGAAGUAUAUGAUGCCCUCUUGUUGGGGCCAUUCAAAAUCAUACGUAGCAGUUCAAAGGCACACACAACUUUUGUAGAGUAACACGAUACUAGAUGGAACUUUAAGUUAGUCAAGUUACUGUAAUCUACGAUCGUGAAAUUAAAGGGCUACAUUCUGGAAAAUCGGCUGGAGUCAAUGAAACACCUCCGCUUACUGGCACCCUUUAAUCAGGCGUCGUAGUUUUUUGAUAUUCUAGCAGAUAUAGUCUGCUAAUAUUUAUCAUCCACUUCUUUGUAGCUAGCUGAACAAACUAAGACGGUAAAUGAACUGCUUCAUAUUUCUUAUUAUAAGCAUCGUUAGCCACAACAACCUGCAGAAGCAGUGAACCUUGGUUCAAACACUUGUUGAUGCAACAGUUGCAUUCUCCAGCUAUGAAAAACCAUUUAUUGUUGCUAAUCUCGUCCACACUUAUAAUUUAUAUUCAUUGACUAUCGCUGGAUUAUCCCAGUUGUAAAACGCCUGUUCACUCUAAACAAAAAAAGUAGAAUACAACUGAUAAAAUCGCAAUUCUUACAUUCUUUCCUGUUAAUUACCCAACAAAAACGCCUUCAAACUUACAUUUUCAGAUUCCCAGUUACUAUAUGGAGAUGUGUUUCCACGCUAAUUAACAUGCAAUACGCUACUCGUAGGAUGUAUACCCACCCCUCAUUCGAGCAAUUUUUCCCUUUGGGAAGGAUAAGAAGACAAAGCCUCGUGCUUUUUCGCAACGUUAACGUCAGGGCUGGUUUCGGGCAAAUCAAAAGUCUAAGAAACAUUUUUUCUCCAUCCUAAUACUACUAUAAUUAAUAAAGCUACUCAUAAGUUUGGUUUUUGAGAACAAGAACCGAUUUUCUUACUAAGGAAAGUACCGCUCUUUUUUGUCUGAACCGUUCGAGGAGUACCACACUCAUACCCGCUGUUUACUCGUUUCACAGCUGCAUUUAACGUCUUUUGUGCAAUAGCAUGAUUCCAGGCCUUCUGUAAUCUUUAUAAGCUUCAUUACUAAUGUCUUCUUUGCUGAAAUCUCGUGUGUUGAAUAAAACAUUCCAAGACAAAAUUGUCCAGGAUGUUCGUCAACUAAUCCCAUACUUUAAGAAUGGUGACUAUGUCGGUUGGUCUGGUUUUACCGGUGUGGGCUAUCCCAAAAUGCUUCCUAAUGCCUUGGCUGAUUAUGUUGAGGAAAACAAGUUGCAAGGACAGUUGCGUUUCAAGCUCUUCGUCGGUGCUUCAGGAGGCGCCGAUACUGAAUGCCGUUGGGCGAACUUGAACAUGAUCGAAAGACGCUCCCCUCAUCAAGUUGGAAAGCCGAUUGCUAAAGGCAUUAACGAGAAUCGUAUCCAAUUUUUUGACAAACACCUUUCCAUGUUUCCUCAAGAUCUCUUGUACGGUUACUACACUCGUAAUAAGUCCAAGAACAGUCUUGACUUUGCUAUGAUAGAGGCAUCAGAGAUCACGGAAGACGGCGGUAUUGUGCCGGGUUCAUCAGUUGGAGCUUCGCCAGAAAUCCUUAGUAUGGCUGAUAAAGUCAUCAUUGAAGUGAACACUGCUAUUCCUUCCUUCAAGGGUCUGCACGAUAUUCCCGUCGUUGACAAUCCUCCUCAUCGCAAACCUUUUGAAGUUACGAAGGUCGACGAUCGCAUCGGCAAAACUGCCAUGUAUGUCGAUCCUAGUAAGGUCAUUGCCGUGGUUGAAGCUAAUUACAUGGACAAAACCGGUCCCAACUCUCCGGAGGAUGCUGUUUCCCAACGUAUUGCCCAGCACUUAGUCGACUUUCUGCACCAUGAAACAAAGCAUGGCCGCUUGCCUGACAAUCUGCACCCUCUGCAGUCAGGUAUUGGAAACAUUGCAAAUGCAAUCAUUGGUGGUUUGCGUGACUCUCCAUUCAAGGACCUUGAAGUUUGGACUGAGGUGCUCCAAGACGCAUUCUUGCCCUUGCUGGAAAAUGGAAAGGUGCGUUUUGCAACGGCCACAUCAACCCGUUUGUCGCCUGAAGGCUUCAAGAACUUUUACGCCAAUUUUGACCAUUAUAAGAAGAGCAUCCUGCUUCGUCCCCAAGUCAUUUCCAACAGUCCCGAAAUCAUCCGUCGUUUGGGAUGUAUUGCCAUGAAUACCCCCGUCGAAGUGGACAUCUACGCCCAUGCUAACAGUACGAAUGUAUUGGGUAGCCGUAUGCUUAAUGGCCUCGGAGGUUCAGCCGAUUUCCUGCGCAAUGCUAAGCUUAGUAUUAUGCACACUCCUUCUAUCCGCCCGACCAAGACAGAUCCUUCAGGUAUCACUUGUAUCGUACCUAUGGCUACGCAUGUUGAUCAAACGGAGCACGAUUUGGAUGUGAUCGUUACUGAACAAGGAUUCGCCGACUUGCGUGGUUUGUCACCCAAGGAACGCGCUUACGAAAUUAUUAACAAAUGUGCACACCCUGAUUAUAAACCUAUGCUUUUGGACUAUCUGGACUUGUCUACCAAGUACUGUCUUCGUCGUGGUGCUGCUCAUGAACCUCAUAUGUUGCACAAGGCUUUCAAGAUGCACAACAACCUUGUCGAUAAUGGCACUAUGAAGAUUGAUUCAUGGUAGCCGUUUUUGAACGAGGAAAAUUUCUACAUUAUGUUUUCCCUAAAAUUUACGAGUAGAUUAUAUCAAUAUAACAGUAAUAUGAACGUAAAACUCGGUAAGAAAAUACUGCAAAGUUUUUAAGAAUCGUAAUUGUGAAACGGUCAUUCGUUUAGCCACUCCUUUUUAUUAGAAAC